AUGAAUGUUUCGAAAUGGAAACCCUCCCUGCAUCAUAUUGCAUUUGACUCGCAAAAUGGGGAACAGCUGCCGGCCACCCCGGUGCUCAGUAUUCUCCAGUUUAAGUUCGGAUCGGCAGUCAACCUAGAUGACCCAUCACAGCCUGUCUCUGUUCUGUGGCGAGUCUCUGUGGAGUUUAUAUCGACAAUCUCAGGCUUCCAAGGACUCUACUGGGCGCCGGUGGAUCAAAAUACAAUCAUCAUCUUGAUCCAGUGGGAUAGUGGUUUCUCCUGGAGGCGGUUCCAAUGUUCUAUGGGCUUCAGCAUGCUACUGGGCUACCUAGAACAAGUUUAUAACCGCUGCGUGAUGCUUGCUCUUCCCGCUCAUCUCACCGAAGCUUGUUUCCGCCUAGAGUUGGUAUCCUAUGACUUCCCAGCUCGGUCAUAUACCUCACAAAAUACCUCUGGUGAGCACCAAGACAAUUUUAAAGACCGAUGGGAGAUUUUAUUCAAAUCCCAUGUGAACGAUGGCUUGGUAUAUGCCUGCGGUGGCUGGAUACAGGAUGACUGUCGAUUUACGUAUCCGUGCUUCGGUCCCGGAGGUCAGAUAGAGGAAGGUUUCCAAGCUGAGAACCAGUACUUUGCCGGCCUCGUUUUCUGGAACACCGACAUUGAAUUAAAUAUCUCAUCGGAAACUGCGGACCAAGUUACAGUUCUGUCUAAAGAAGCAGAUGUCGUGGCUUCUUCUUUCACAGAAAGAAUACGCUACAAGGGAUUGGAUGUUUCUGCAUCCCAUGGAAAAGUGUCCGAUCUCAUCUCAACGCAAUCGAAUUCGGAGCAUCCACUCUUUAACGUUCCAGUAAUUCGCCGAUGCGAUUUAGGGGACUUGGAUCGUCUUCAGGGUAAAGACAAGGUGCAUUUGGCAGCGUUGAAAGCGACACUAACCGACGGGGGUAAACGUAAAGUUCCUAGUCCUGCUGGUAAUUGGUUCUCCAUGGGGUCCAUCAAUCAGCAUCAUAUGCCUACACUGCCUGAUUAUACACCGAGAUCUACAAUGGAAAUGAUUUCAUUCUGUGUUUGGCAAAAAUGUGACUACUUCAUGAGUGCAUUCGCAGACCUCCGAGCUGCCAUGUGGAAGCUAGGAGACUGUCCUCCGGUCCACUGGGGCACUGAUUAUAAGGAUUCUACUAGAGUCUUUUUACUACUCGAAUUCGACGACAUAAAAUCUGCACCUGUCCAGACUCAAGCGCAAUUCCACCAGCUUAUUGGAGAGUUCGAAAUUGCAUGCAAAGACAUGAUUCAAAACCUAACAUACACUCAGAUUCCUGGACCCCAGAAGCUGGGAUCUUUCUCUGACCUAGAGAUUAUGACUUUCCAUGUCCCAGAUCACGAAAGUGAUAUACGCUCAUUUGAAUGGGCUUAUCAUAAUCUUAUGCAAACAACGUAUGUUCACAAUGAUCCCGGACUUCCAAUCAGCCACGCUAGGGCCUCUCCGGUACACAGCCAUGGUAUUUUCUAUACCCCUGGAGACAGAAGGAACGAGAAAAGUCACCAACUAGCCAAGUUCACAUCAGUCUGGUCCUGGAGCACGUAUCAACCUGGUCAAGCGAGAACAACGUGGUACGCUGAAUUUGCCGAGCGUGCUCAAAAUGAGUAUGAAUGUCUUGGGCAUAUCGUUGACUGGCUUCGGAUCCACUCCAAAAGUUCCGAAAGCCUGUUCCUUGUCCUUGAGCGAGAUGACAAGGUGAUUGAGCUGCUACAGAACGAUUCUCGUUCUAAAAAAUAUCCACCACAGCCCGGGCCAGGUUUUGGUGGCGCACUACCUAUACAGACAAUAGAUUAA